UCUCUCUCUCUCUCUCUCUCUUUGUGUUUGAGUGAUGGAAACCCAGAGGAACACCACGACACUGAAAGUGCUCGAGAACUGCCGACUCGCUCCACCGCCCGCCUCAGUCCCACGAACCGCUCACCGACUCACCUUCUUCGAUGCGAUGUGGCUGGAGGUCCCACCAGUCCAACGCCUCUUCUUCUAUCAUUUCUCCAAUCCCACCACCACCACUCUCCUCUCCAACCUCAAGCGCUCUCUCUCCCUCACCCUCCAGAUCUUCUACCCCCUCGCCGGAAAUCUCACCUAUUCUCCCGAAACCGACCACCACGAGAUCCUCUACACCGACGGUGACUCAGUCAAGCUCACCAUCGCCGAAUCCAACUCCGACUUCGACCAUCUGAUUGGAUCCCACCCCCGAGACGUAACGGAUUUCCAUCGUCUCGCCCCUCACCUGCCUGGUUACGACUCGCUCCCCGCGCCCGUCCUCGCCUUGCAGGUUACUCUCUUCCCCAACUCGGGCUUCUGCAUCGGCAUCUCCGUUCACCACGCGGCAGCUGAUGGUUCGACCUCGAUGCACUUCAUGAAAUCCUGGGCGUCGUUUUGUAGAUCCGGAGACGCUGCAUCGAUCAAGCCGCUCCCUAUCUACGAUAGGACCCAAACCAGCGGCCUGGAUUGGAUCACGAAAAACCACUUCCGCGAGAUGGAGAAAGUAAAAGCCAGGGAAAGUUUCGACGUAGUCGGCGUGACAAGCAAGCCCCACGUGGUCCGAACCACAUUCGUUCUCAGUCGCGCCAGCAUCGAGCGUCUCAGGGACUGGGUCUCGUCCCGACUAGUCGAGGGGAGCGAGAAAGAUUCCCGCGUGUCAUCGUUCGUGCUAACGGUCGCAUACGUGUGGGUGUGUCUCAUCAAGGCGCGUGGACCCGUGGAUUCUGAGAAGAUGGCCCACUUAGUCUUCGCUGUGGAUUGUCGGGCUCGGAUGGACCCGCCGCUGCCGGUCGCGUAUUUCGGGAACUGUAUCGGCUCGUGCUACGUGCAUGCGAAGGUAAGCGACAUGAGUCGGGAGGAUGGGGUGGUUGUUGCGGCUGAGUCGAUUGGGAGAGCGAUUCGUGCGUUGGGAGGAGAUGGGCUUUUGAGAGGCGCGGAGGGCUGGAUCCGGAAGUUCAUGGAGUUGGCUAGCGAUCGGAUAUUCUCGGUGGCUGGGUCGCCCCGGUUGCGUGUCUACGAUACCGAUUUCGGAUGGGGGAAGCCUAAAAAGGUAGAAGUUCUUUCAAUAGAAGGGACGGGAGCCAUGUCUCUUGCCGAGAGCAGAGAUGAAGAAGGUGGGAUUGAGAUUGGUCUGGCACUCCCCGAUUUAGAAAUGAACGGUUUCGAUUCUCUGUUCAAGGAGGGUCUGAAAAGUCUUGCUUGAGUUUCAACUGCCCAUCACCUUGUUGACAGGUGAAAGUGCUUUUUUGCUUAUUACUUCGCUAAUAAAAUCGAUCUUAGCACAGUAGUCGUUAAAAACUUCUUAGGGCGCACCUUAAUGGUCAAUCACCACUGGUUCCCGUGGAAUGGUCUGCCGUCUUUUUUCUUUUUCUUUUUUCCAUCAUGACCUAAGAUGAUAAGGAAAAAUAAAUGAACAACGUAGAUAUUGAAUCCUCA